UGGAGUGUUUCUCUCUUGAUGUGUCAUCCAGUCCUUCCCCCUCCCUUGGUCUCUCAGUCUCCCCCCUCCCCCCUCGCUCUCUUUCUCUUGGUAGCUGGAAUACCCGGUGAGAGUCCUGUUGCUGUCCUGUCCUUGCCUGCACCCUCCUCCUGCUUUUUACUCCACUCAACUCUUCUUCUCUUUCUGGUACUAUACCAAGUAUGGAGAAUAACCAGCCCUCUGAUCUCAAACCUGAACCAAACCAAGUACUCCCGCCUGCAAAUAGCACUUCAACAUCACCUAAUCAGAAUGGCCUUGAAAAACAAAACAGUGAGAAAUCCUCUCCCAAGCCCAAGCCCCCAGAGAAUGAAACAAGUGCUCAGCCUGAAACAACAGUUUGUGACAUAUCUGAAGAGCUGAGCCGACAGCUGGAGGACAUUAUUAAAACCUAUGGGUCUGCUGCUAGCCUAGUGGAGAAAGAGAGAGCUGCUAAAGGAACUGACAAGCCUGAGAAGGGAGAAUCAUUCAAUAACGAGGACGGAGACUAUGACGAUGCAAAUGACGAGAGUGAGAAAGAGCAGAUAGCUACUGGGGAUGCCUCAGGAGCAAAGGAAUCCACCAUCAAUAAGGAGCAAAAACUGGAAAAGAAAAUCCUGAAAGGGCUAGGGAAGGAAGCCACGCUGCUGAUGCAAAGCUUGAACAAGCUGAAUACGCCAGAAGAGAAGCUGGACAUGUUAUUUAGGAAGUAUGCUGAGAUGCUGGAAGAACAUCGUGCUGAGCAGAAAAAGCUGAAGUAUCUACAGAAGAGACAGGCGCAGAUCAUCAAAGAGAAGGACCAGCUGCAGAGUGAGCACAGCAGAGCCAUCCUUGCCCGCAGCAAACUUGAGAGUCUCUGCCGGGAGCUCCAGAGACACAACAAAACCCUCAAGGAGGAAACUCUUCAACGGGCACGGGAGGAAGACGAGAAGAGAAAAGAGAUCACUAAUCAUUUCCAGGGCACACUGAGUGAUAUCCAGACUCAGAUUGAGCAGCAAAGUGAAAGGAACAUGAAACUAUGCCAGGAGAACACAGAGCUGGCCGAGAAACUGAAAAGCAUCAUUGAUCAGUAUGAACUCAGAGAGGAGCAACUUGAUAAAAUAUUUAAGCACAGAGAACUUCAACAGAAACUGGUGGAUGCCAAGUUGGAGCAGUCACAGGAAAUGAUGAAAGAAGCAGAGGAGCGACAUGAACGAGAAAAGGAAUACCUACUGACUCAAGCUGCAGAAUGGAAGCUCCAGGCAAAAAUGUUGAAGGAACAGGAGACUGUACUACAGGCCCAGCUCACUCUCUAUUCUGAAAGGUUUGAAGAAUUUCAGAAAACACUGACAAAAAGCAAUGAGGUGUUCGCCAGUUUCAAACAGGAGAUGGAGAAAAUGACAAAGAAGAUGAAGAAGCUGGAAAAGGAUACGGCUACAUGGAAAGCCAGGUUUGAGAACUGUAAUAAAGCUCUAUUGGACAUGAUUGAAGAGAAAGCAAUGAGGGCUAAGGAGUAUGAGUGCUUCGUGCUGAAAAUCCAGAGGCUAGAGAACCUUUGCAGAGCGCUGCAGGAAGAGAGGAAUGAACUGUACAAAAAAAUAAAAGAAGCAAAAUUCACUAAUGAGGAACAGGAGGAUGAGGAGGAUAGAAAUGAUGACAUCUUGGGAAAAGAGGCUGAUGCAAGCCCUUCCGUUACUGAACAGGAUAGUGCAGAGCUGUCCAUUAUUGAUGAGAACAUCCUGAAGAAUCUAGCUGCAGCAUUCAUGGUGACCCAUCACGUGCAGGAUCCCCUCACAGUCUCCAGUGAGAACAGUAAUCCAGAGCCGGCUGACCCUCAAGCAUGCAGUCCUCUUUGUCUCACAGAGCCCGGGGUUCCUUCCCAUCCCACCCCUCAGCCAGAGGCAGGGAACCCCUCUGGGCCGCCGAGUCUUGCUCUGAAGUCCACUGAAUGUGUGCCAAAGGCUGAGAAAUGUGAAGGAGCCCCAGCAGAGCAGCCUGCUCAAGAUCAGCCCACGCAGCAAACAGUAGAUGCUGACAUGGAAGGAGUAGAUUAAACAUAACGCUGUUUUCUGGUUUGUCUUUCUACCAGUCACAGCUCCUUUUCUCCCAAAAUUGAUUUUCUGGGGGGGGGGGGGGGGAAAUUGGGCUUGAAAACAUGCUCAAACGUGUUUUAUAGCGAUGUGUAAUGCAACUUACCACUUUGCCACCACCACACACUAAUAAUGGGUUUGUUAUUUUGGCUGUCCCUCACAUAUGCAAAGCAUAAUAUUUUCUUAAUGUCAGCAAAAUAUAACAAAAUUACAGGAUCUUCUUUCCAGGCAUCAUGAAUCAUCUCACUCAACAAAAUCCAGGCAAACUGUUGAGGUUUCAUGUUUUAAGAAUUGUUGCAAUACAGAUAUACAUUUUUUAAAGCUAUAUAAUUAAACAUAUCGAUUUGGCUUGAUGUUGCACAAAACAUGGCCUGUUUGGAGGCCAGGUGAGCUUAAUAAAUGAGGUGAUGAGGAUUUGUGAUCACAGCAGAAGCAUUGAUAGGGUAAAUUGAAGCCCUUAGGAGGUACAAUAAUGGCACAUUUUUGCAAAAGUUACCUGCACAAAUCACUGACUUGUUACUGGAAAUUUUGUAUCUAAACACCCACACACAACUCCAAACAUCUACCCCUAAUUGCCAUCUCUGUUCAGUGCUGUGAUUAUGUCAUUGCUUUCAACGGAACCAUAGUAAACGGGGAAAAUUCUUUGCGAGAUGCCUCAUAAUAUUGCUGUUUUAAUCUUGCUUUUAAGCAACAGCCCUGUCUCAGCAGGAGCACCAGAGAUUGUGUCUCAGGCAACUAUACUCUUUCCGUGCACAGGUGGUGUACAGUCCGCUCUGUCCACAGAUUGCUCCCAGAAGCAUAAACCCUGGUGUUUAAGCUGGUGCAGUCAGGAACGGGAGCUGGGCUAUGCUGCUUCCUCUUCAUUCCCUUUUUGGUAUCCUGCUCUCCAGAGUGGAACAAAAGCAAACAAUCCCUGUGCUCCCCUGAGUGCCAGGAAUGCAGAACAUAGGAGAAGAAGGGUUGCUUGUGCUCCUCUAUCCAUCUGCAAGCCCACCCAAGGGCCCCUCACACUCUGGUCCUUACUACUUUAGCCAACUUCUGUGUGUCAUCAACUUGUUUUUAGAGUCAUGAGCAAAAAGGGGAGCUUGUAGAGCAUUCAGCAGGGAAUGUUGGGAGUUUUGUUUGGCGGAGAGUCCUAAUCUGCCUGCCUGCCCACUGCUAGAAUCCCUCUCUCAUCCCCAGCAUGCAUCCUCUGCACUUAAUCCAGUGGGCAGGGAGCCCCAGUGGGCCAGUCUGUAUUAUAUUCUGGUUUCAUGAUUCUCUGGGGAGAUUAGUUGGCAGUUCCUCCAUGGAGCAAUAAGCACAGGCAUGUAUUUGGCACAGUUCAUGGAAUCCCAUGACAUCUGUCCUAUCUGUGGCAAGAAGGAGACCCUGGGUCACAUCUAUGUAGAGUGUGUCAGGCUGCAGCCAUUCUUCUGGCUCCUUCAGAAUCUCUUACUGAAGUUCUGGUUGCACUUUUCCCUUCACCUGUUUAUCCUUGCACAUCUUAUCCAUGGCUCCAGGAUUUCACGAGAUCUCCCCAUCAACUUACUCCUAGCACUGGCCAAAAUGGCCAUCACUAAACCAGGAGGAGAAACCUCGAUGGGGCAGGAGAGGCACUUUGCAACUGUGGGGCCUAUUUCUGGUCCCUCAUCAAAUCAUACCACUGGAUAGAGUUCCUGUGCGUGGUGUCCACUGACUCCUUAGACAUCUUUAAGGAGUGGUGGACACUGUCAGGUGUUCUCUGCUUUGUGUCCCCUUCUGGAUCCCUGAUUUUUAACCUUUGACCUUCACUCCUAUUCCUGUUUUCUAAUUCGUUUUCCCACGUAAUCAUUUGUAGCCUGGGCUUAGUGGUUCCUCCCCCACUGGGGUCAGGCCUUUAGCUAUGGUUUUGAGUAGGCCUGCCGUUUUUAAGAACAUAAGAACGGCCAUACUGGGUCAGACCAAAGGUCCAUCUAGCCCAGUAUCCUGUCUUUCAACAGUGGCCUAUGCCAGGUGCCCCAGAGGGAAUGAACAGAACAGGUAAUCAUCAAGUGAUCCAUCCCCUGUCACCCAUUCCCAGCUUCUGGCUACCACAAUAGGUACACUUAAUCCAGGGCCCACCAAUCCCAGUACCCACAAUCGGUAUAUUCAGUCCAGGCCUUCAUGCUACCAGUUCCUGGUCUAACCAUCUCAAGACUGUGAAAAUGCCACUAAUAUGAGAACAGAUGUCCAGAAGUUAGAAAGGGAAAUGUUACACACAAACAAACCCAGCCAUACAUACGAACACUGAGAAACAAUUAAAUGCUCUAGAAAAUCAUACAUGCAGAUUUAAAUGGAAAUGUUGGUGACCUAGGGGGAAAGACGUCAUUUGUCAGAUACUGUGAUCACAAAAUUCUUGUUGCAUUUCACCCAAAAAUGAGACUCCAUUUUUAAUCCUCGUUCAUUCCCAAAGGGAUAAUUCAGCCUGGUUAACGCAAUAUAAUUGUUUUCAUUAUUUGCACUGUUUGGUACAAUCUUUUGAAAAGUUAUCUGUUGCAGUAUUCACAGUAUGAUUUUGACAGUUGUUUUUCUGGGGUUGGACUUAUCCAUUAUGGCUAAAAUUUUCAAAUUUAGAUGCCUAAAGUUAGACACUUCCUUUUAUAUCUAAGCACCUAAAUGUUGGUAAUCUCCUCAGAAAAUCAGGCCACUUAGGUGCCUAGCAUUGAAACUUUUAGCCUAUAAAUUAAUUGUUUCAAUUGCUGAAAAUCUAUAAUCAUGUGGUUUACUUUCUUUAGGUUCCAGUGAUUUUAUGUCUAUAGAAGCGGAGUAUAAAUUUAAAGCAUAUAGUUUUGCUUGUUGUUAGAGUGUUUUAAAUUAAAUUAGCAUGAUUCAUAUAUACAGUAAAUCUCUUUCAGCUCUAGUGAUUUGUUUUUGUUUUUGGAGAUUGGGGAGGUUUGGUUUGGUUUGGGGGUUUUUUUGUUCUCUUUUUUUUUUUUUUUUUUUUUUGUCAUUUUAAUACCUAUCUUUGUUUUAUAAUGUCUUCACCACCACUCCAUCUAAGCGCCUUACAAACUUAAAUAUUCAAUUACAUCCCCAAAAAAGAACAUUCAGUUUACAAAGUCAUGCAUUCUGAAGGAAGGAAAUGCCAGAAUUAACAUUGCUCGUGUAACCAACAGACAACAGCCUCAUCCCCUACACCACCCUGACUCAUUCUCAGCACACCACCCAUCCUGUGCACUGAGUGAGGUAGGGCUCCUGUGGAAAAUUAGUAUGUCAUCAUGCCACUUUUGCUCAUGCCUCUCUUCCCAUCCCAGCUCUUGCUCCUAACUUCCUUCCCCAAGUCUCCCAAUUCCCUCCUCUCCCUCAGGCUCCCGCACCUGUCUUCCAACCCUGCAUCUCUUCACCUACCACCCCACACCACAUAGGCCAGAUGGUGAGGCCCAUUAUUGUGCUUAGAAAAUGAGUUUCAUUCCGGCACUAGGGGCACCACUUACUCUCUGCAGAUUUAUACAGCCAAUAACCUGAGAGGCCUCGUAUUAAAAGUUCUCUGCAAGAAACCCUACCGUUUUCUGUCAUGGCACAAAGUUACCAAUUUUGACACCAUACCGAAAAGAGUUCUUGUCCAUAAUUUCAUUAAUAUUUGCCCUGUAAAGUCCCAGAUUGACUGCAAAUGAUUGAAAUGUAUAUGGAAGUAUAUUACAGGCAAGGUGGAAUGGACUGAGGAAGUUAGAAGUCAUACACAAGAAAAAAUAUUGCGAAGAGCCAAUUUGGGUGAAAAAUCUUUUAUUUUUAGUAGUUGUGGAUAAUAAAAUGUGCUAAAGAAUUACAAAUUCUUGCCUUACUGGGGUGUUCAUACAUUAAUAAUUUCUACCAUCAGUCUAACAGAUAAUGUGCAAUAAACUACCAUGACUAGCUUUUGGUAGUAAGUAUAGGUCAAAGUAUUACCCCAUCCCUAUCAUUUGUUUUUCUUGGCAAUACUCACCUUUCACUGUAGGCUGAAUUAUGUUAUCAUUUACCCUCAAAAGAAGUGUUUGUGCACCAGCCUAACUAUGUGAAAUGAUAGAAAAAUCCAUCAAUAUAUAAAAUUUAUGAAAAUGCCUAAAAUGUUACUAUUUUCCUUGGCAACGAGCAUGUUUUCUUCAGCCACAGCACUGAACCAAGUAAAACACAAACCUUUUGACUGGACUCCCCUUUAUUUCUUACUCAAAUAUUUAUAAGUGGCAAUUUAUCUGGAUUGGUAUGAACUGACAUAAUUGUUGAUACAAGUCAAAAUUGAAUUUUCUAUUUCAAGUCCAGUGUUUGUUAUGAAUGAUAUAUAUUGCUGUUGGCCCUGUAGUGCUUAUUCCCUGAGUAAAAUACAUUUUUAUUUCCCA